GCAUGUCAGAACACACAUCUGCAGUGGUCACGUGCGAGGGCGGCUGCAGAGGUGAAUUUCAUGGCUGACGUGGGGAGGAGAUUGCCUCUGCUGGUACUCGCUGUCGUCGUCUUCCUGAUUAUCGUCUUCCUCCACGUGUGUUUGUCGUGGUGGCUGUGGAAACAACAACGCAAGAGGAGGGCUUCGACGAGACGGGCGGCAGGGGAACGUCUAAUGGCGGGCAUGCAGGCACGAGCGGCUACUGCCGCAGGUCAGGGAGGAGUUCGAUCUUCGGCGCCGGAGCCUCGAAGGCAGUACGACCCGUCCAUGUACACCCAUCUGGAGUCGUGGGAUACGCCAUUGCCCCCGUCGGACGAGGAGCCGGAGAAGGAAAAACUUUCAACGUUGCCUCUCGUCAGCGGCUCGACUCAGUUCUGGUCGCAGACAAUGCGAGCAGGCGGGUUGGCUCACGACGAAGGGGGCGAGUUCACGUCAUUGCUGCAUCAAGGCUUGCGGGACGACGACGGCGGAGGAGUUGAUAUGAGGUUCGGGUUGUGUUCUGGCGGCGGCAGGGAGGCGAGCCGUACGUUCAUCAUCGACGGAGUUCGUUCGGCACGUGGCGUUGAACAUGGUGGAAGCCUGCAUACGGAGCAGUCCACACUUCGUCGCGCUGCACCCGUGACUCGCGCGGUCGGGCCAUCGGCAGCGGGACGGCAGCAUGGAUCGACUGCUCCCCGAGGUGGCGUGAGCGACGACGUCGGGAAGUCUCCGACGUACUGGUCUGCAGAAGACCAAAUGCUCCUGGUGCGAUGCAAGCGGGAGCAAGAUAUGCACCUCGCCAGCUUGUCUCACAAUUACGGGCGGAUGAAGAUGAAAGAGUGGAAGUGGGACGACAUGUCGAAGCGGAUGGCGAAUGCGGGGAGGCCGAAGGACGCUGACGACUGCAUGAAGAAGUGGGACAAUCUGUUCCAGAACUACAAGAAAAUUCAGAGGUUUCAGAAUGCCAGCGGGCGGCCAGAUUUUUUCAGGCUGACGAACGAAGAGAGGAAGGAGCACAACUUCAAGUUCCGGAUGGACAGGGCGCUGUACAACGAGAUCCACGCAGGCAUGGUGGGGAACCACACGAUUUUCCCUCCCAACGUUGUCGACACCGGCAGUCCGGAGGCUGCAUCAGGUACUGCCACCAAUGUUUUUGUGUAUGUGGGACCCCGGACUUGGUUUGCAGCAGGUGAUUCCCCCCGACCAAGAGAUGGGGCCCUCCGCGCAAACACUAGACGUGUCUUCUCUUACCAGCACUCUAGUGGAUGACGGGGUCGUCUUUUGUUAAAAAAAAAAGAAGAAAAAACAAAAGGCCGUUCCCAGC